UUGCCCUCUCAUACUCUCUCUCUAUAUAUAGGCUAUCUGUACAUCUGUCAGUUGGACUUACUUUUUAUUUAUUUAAAAGUUCGCUUUGGAUAAAAUCGUCCCCUAAAUGUACCAUAUGAUUUAUUCACACGCGUUGAUUUUGGUUAUUUUCCAAUUACUAAAAUAAGUAGGCUAACGUUUUCCAUAUUCUUCCAGAUGAGUUGAUCACCUCGAGGUUUUGGAUGAAUAUUUGGAGGUAUCGGGCAGUUACCAAAAUAACGUAUUGUACCGAUGCAGAUACUACUACGUUUGCUGUGCCGUAAAUUGGCUGACUGGACCGACCUUGGUCAGUUUACGGACUGUCCUGGUCUACUUUGCUCAUUGGCGCAUUCAAGCGGACACUCGGUGCUGUGUAUCGCUCAUUCCCCCUCAGGCCCGAGCCAUUCUCAAACCAAAUCGGCCAUUGGACAUCUUGACAUCACAUGGAACUCCGUCACGUGGCUCCUGAGGAAAGACAUCAAGGGGAGGGGGGAAGGAAUGGUCCAGAAAUGUAUUCAAGCGGAGCCGAGGCUGUGUCUUACGGGCUGGGAUCCGGUUCGCUGAGCUCAAUUCACGGAUCUCUGUUUGACCGGCACUCCGACAGCCAACAUCUGGGCUCCAGAAUCGCAUCUAACUUAGACUCUGGCUUCGGAAAGCAAACAUCCUCCGAAGACCACCAUUCACUUACCGAAGAGAGUCUACGCAUUUACCCCUGGAUGCGAAGCUCAGGUGCAGAUAGAAGGCGAGGACGACAGACGUACACCCGCUACCAGACGCUGGAGCUGGAGAAAGAGUUCCACUUCAACCGCUAUCUCACGAGGCGGCGGAGGAUAGAAAUAGCCCACGCGCUCUGCCUCACCGAGAGGCAAAUCAAAAUCUGGUUUCAGAACCGGAGGAUGAAGUGGAAGAAAGAGAACAAGACGAGCGGAGCGAGAUCCCCCAUCACGGUUGAGCUUGCAGUCGGUGAAGAGGGGGAAGAGGACUAGAGCUUUAGGGAAACGUACCUAUUGAGAACUUCAUGUUUAUACUGGUUAUAUGAAGAAGUAGCCGUAGAAGGCUCGGCACUUACAGAGCUCCCCUUUUUUUUAACAUUAUUAUUGUUAUUUAGUCAUGUUAUUCAUGCAUGUUUUUUGACGACAACAUGGUUCGGUAUAUGUUCACAUAACCGUUUCCAUAGGGGCCAGUCCAUAGUUUCAGGCAACAUGAUUUGUUCAUCCUCUGAAGGUCCAUACUACCUUUCACAAACAUAUGUUUGGAUGUCAACUAAAAGGACAAACUGCACUCAGAAUCUUUGGAAAAUUGUUGAUAUAAAUGUGUUGGCCUGUUAACAUUCAACAUAUUGCUUAGAUUUAAGUCGCCUUUUUUGAUUGAGGACCAUGCACGUUCAACAAUAAAAACAUGAUGCACAUGCAUGGACUUCUUUUCAGAAAGGCGUUAGUUUGAUGUGUAUUGAAAUAUGGAUAUAUAUGUUACCUUUUUUUUUUUUCUUUUUUUUUUUUUAUGUUCAACACGUUUCUACACUGGGAAAACGAAACAGUACACUACCUAUGAUUUGUAUGCGUACGUUUUAUUAUGAUGAAGCGGAUGUGAUUUGAUUAUUAAAGAACAAAAAACUGAACUUGGUUCAACUGAAUAUGCUAAUAACUCCACAAUAACUAAAUGUAGUGUGGUUUCAAAAAAAGAAAAUUGCAAUUUAAUAUGUAGACAACAACUGGUUUAGUUUUUUUUAGUUUUAAGGAUGAUCCUAAGUAUCCAAUGAGCGUUGUGCUGUGUCUAGCAUAGCACUGUAGCAUGUUGCGAUCUUCUACAGUAACGGCCAGCAAAAACGAUGUGUGUGUGUGUGUGUGUGUGUGUGUGUGUGUGUGUGUGUGUGUGUGUGUGUGUGUGUGUGUGUGUGUGUGUGUGUGUGUGUGUGUGUGUGUGUGUGUGUGUGUGUGUGUACUGUAAUGUUGUGUUGUUGUUUUUUAUGAAGAAGUAGCCUAAUUGAAAUAAAAGAUUAUUCAAGUGAUAGGCCUAUAUGUGCAGUUUUCUCAAACAGCAGCCACAUAAUAGCCUAACGGCUACUGGUUUCGUUCAUUUAUUCAUUUGUGUGGAUUGAAACAAUGUUUGAAUGUUUGAAUUUGAGGUAAUCUACGCUACGAUGUUCCAUACUUUGCAUAUAAGCCUAUAGCUUAGACUAAAUAAUAUAUUUAGUUGUAAAAAAUGAAUUGGCCAACAGGCCAUUAAACAUCAGGCCUACUGAUAAAUAUCUAUAAUUACUUUGGAUAACUUUCAGGAUUUACCGAGAAAAUAGAAACCCGAUAGGCGAAUGUGAACUUGUGGUUAAAUUGGCCUUCAUAUUUAGCUACAAAAUAAAAAUAGGUAGGCCUAGUGUUCAACCAAAAUGUAUGCGUAGCCCUUCAUGAUCUUAGCCUACCUUGAUGUUUGAGUACCUAUAGUGUUUUACAUCGUUUGUAGUGAUUAUCUAUUAAACCAAUAGGAACCCUUAUAAAACCUGCCCUCACGUUUAACGACAGGUAAGCACUUUUGAUGCAAAACAAAAUCCAAUUAAAUAGCAUUUUCAAUAUUCCAAAUUGUUUUUGGUCUAUUUACUUUUUUUUUUGCUUUUGGGGUGUUACAUUCAUACGUCGUUUCUAAGUCAGGAAUCUUUUGACGUUGGACAUAGGCCUAGUAUCCAAGUUGGAUAACAGAGAUCUCUCAGAACACUAUGCUAACUAGCAUUCCAUUUUACUUGCACUUUCUAGACUACAAUACAUCCGUUAAACUACAAUUAUCUCCCAUUUACCUGAACGUAUAACCUCAAUCUUUCGAGCAUGUUCAUGGGACAAAGUAACUUCAUCUUGUGUCCGACUCUAGGUCGGAUAUAACAGUGUGUGAGAAUAGCCAUCCUUUACCGACUCUUGUGAACGAAUAGUGCACUGCUAUUUCCAGGGUGUGUUGGAGCCUGGUCUAACGCCUUUUAUUGCAUGUAUGAAUAGGCCGGAAACUGCCAUAAAAACACAAACCCAAAAAGAGCCCAAACAGAUCGGCAGAACAGACGGUUGGGAAGGCUAUCCAUUGGCGAGCCUGCGCUUUAUUGUGACAAUUCAGAUUAGCUGCAGUUGUUUGCUCUGUUAUUUCCUAACAUUCUACACAGAGGAGACACCAGAUCCAUGGGAUGCAGCCUAUACACGAAUUAGGCUGAACUGUCAGCAAUUCAAUUUCAAACCGAAAUAUAGUCCUACAUGUAAUUAUUAAGGCUAGUAGGAUUAUAGGCCACUAUAAGAGGUAGGACUUGAGCUUUUUAGGUUUGUGUGGUGGUUUUUAAAUCGAAAAUUGUCUUGGAAACAAUUUAAACUAAUUCAGUUUUUCAAGAAUAAAUGGGCCAUACAUGCCGACUACUGGCUGUGUCACAAUAAGUAGGCCUAAUGCAAUAUGUUAUCUACUUAAUGAUCAGGGCUACAAUCCUGACCCUUUUGGAUUACUAAACGGAAAGUUGGAGUAGAAUAACUUUAUUUCCUAUGGAUUUGUUAUCGAUAUAUUGCUAUAGUUAGAUAGGCCUAUUGGUUUUAGAUAUGAUUAUUGGGAAUCUACGUACGGUUUGCAAACGUUUGGUCUGACAUUACUUGCAGGUGUGACCAAACUACCUUUCUGCAGCAUCCUCGGCAUCUUUAAAAUAUUGGCCUGUGGGUGACGCGAAUGCCGCAUUGCGAAAACGGUCAGAUUAUCCAUUGCGCAUUGGCGUCUAUUGGUCUUUUAAAUAUAUAAUGUUCGGUAUGGUCAAGUGAGAGUUGUCUUACAACCAGAUAUACUUCAACUACUGUUUGUUACAAACAAUUUUUUUUAUAUUAAUGUCCCUCAGUUACACGGGGCGGCCCUAAUUUACCUAUUGGAAACCUUAUUUUGGUACUUGAAGUUGGACACUUUAGGGGCAUACUUUUCUACCUUAAGGUUCUCUGUGGAGGGCCCUAAUAACACUGGUUGGUAAAAUGGACGGAUAUGGUUUGUAAGGACCUCGUAUAGCUCUGUUAAAAAAUGUAGCAUAUAGGGAUUUUGCGGAGGCCUUUUUAAUUUAUUUCAAAGGCUUUCCAUACAAUUAUAAUUUUUCAUUCAAUGCUCUCUGAAACGUAGGCCUAAUAGUCUGUAUUUUGUAGAUGUCGAAAUAACGCAGACAGAUUUGGUGUGAAAUGUAUUUCUAAACCUUAUAAUGUUACUAUAUAAUGUUGUGUAAUAAUAUAAUGUGGAAUUUUAGCAUUUUUGAUUGUUCAAACGUUUUGUGGAUAGACUAACACCAUAUUGCUAUUAAAUGGGCCAUUAGUUAAUUUCGAAGUCUUUACAUCAAUAAACAUUCAUGAACAACCUUUUAACAAGCAAGUCCAGGCCUACAUAAUCAACUGUAUGAGAAUGGCAUGUAUGUGAAGAAAUUCGUAUAUCAAGGUAUAUGUCGUAAGUAAUAAAUAAAAAAAAUAUCAGUUCGGCGGCCGGUCGGUCGGUUCCCAUGCUCGUGUUAUCAUUCUUAUUUCUGAAGUAAAUAUAUCCAAACACAAAUCGUAUUUGCCCAUUGCGUACUAUGGAACAUAAUGACUUAAAGUAUGUAGAAA